AUGUCUGUUCGAGAGAAACCAGCAGCAAACAGGUAUCUUCUAAUGAAGGAGCAAGAAGACGCCUAUAGCAAACAUAUGAAAGCCCUUGCUGAUGCUCGUCCUACAAUUAAUACAACUCAGCCUCCAUUAUCAGGAAGAUUACGAGAAUUACAAAAGAAAAAUGCAGAAAAUCGCCGCCGAAUGAUCCAAGGAAUGGAAAAGAAAGAAAAAAUGCUCGAUAGAACACAAAACAAAACAAGAACCCCCAAGAAAUUUGAAAUUCGACCACAAACUGCAAGACCAAAGCAAGAUAUUUACGAUGAUAUUGACUUGUUUAAGCAAGAUACAGAUAAAUAUAAAGCUCCAACAUCUAGAAUCCCUCUUAUUCGACAGCCAGAUUAUACUUCUUCUUCAGAUGAAAUCAAAGAUCCAUCAUCUUUUGAUAGCGACAUUUCAGAUAGUGAGGGCAUUGAUAUGGGAUCCUCCGAAAACUAUUACUAUAAGCCAGAGCAUGAAUCAGAAAAUAUUAGAUUUGGAUAUGGAAAGAACUUUGUUGAAACUGAUUCUACAACCGAAUCAACAUCGUUAAUUUCGACUUCUAAUUCAAGUAAAAAGCAUAAAUCUUCAAGUACAGCAGCUAGAACCGAAUCUUCAACUGGUCCCAAGAAAGAACGCGUUCCUCUUGUUAAAUCCUCACAUCCUACAGAUGCCGAAACAUUCCUUACAUCUACAGAUGUAGAUGACCCAUAUAAACAGAGAUCUGGCAGAGAAUCAGGCAGAAAAUCCAACAUUGCACAGCCAUCAGAGCCAAAGAAGCCAGAGAACUCAACAUCAUUGUCAGCUGUUAUCAGAUCCAAGCUCGAUUCAGAUAACCAGGCCAGAGAUAUCAAACCACCAGAAGAAAAGAAAGAAGAAGAGAAAAAGGCCGAAGAAAAGAAAGAAGAAGAGAAACUAAGUUCUUCAAAGUCAGAUAAAAAGAAGAAGAGCUCAUCAAGUUCUUCUUCCAGCUCUUCUUCAAUCAGCUCUCCAAGUUCUUCCAAACUCUCCAGUUCAUCUAAACACAACGAAAAAGCUAAAGAAGAACCAGAGAAAGAGAAAUCUCCUGAAGAGAAGCAUGAAGAAGAUCUGUUUUCUUCGGAUUUCGGUGAUUCUGACUCUGAUUCUGCUUCUUCAAAGAAAUCAGGCAAACAAAGUGAAACUCCAAAGGAAGAAGAAAAGAAAGAACCAAGUCCAGAGAAAAAGAAGUCUGCUAGUGGAGAUAAUUUCGAAUCAGAUGAUGAUCUUGAACUUCCUGAUUUCUAA